AUGCGCGCUUCCACUGUUGUCGCUCUCACCCUCGCCGCUUCUGCCUCGAUCCUCGCGCCCGCCCUCGCGCGGCCCGCUGCAACCAGCCGCAUCGGCUAUGAAGCGUCCAGAAUCGGUCACCCCGUGGACGGCGCCUUCCACGCCAACCGCGAUGAAGCGCUCGCCGCGCGGGCCCUCCAAUUCCCCAUGCCGGGCGAGCAGAGCCGCUGGAACGCCAUGUGGCAUCAUGGACGUGCCGAAGCCGCAUCCGACAGCGAGGCGAUCAGCUUUGGCAAGAUCAUCAAGGGAGCUUUGCACUUCCUUAAGCGCGAGGACGACAUGGUCGCGCGAGCCUUCGAGGACGAGCUGCUUGCCCGCGGCCACGAAGAGUACCACGAGAUGAACCAUGCACCAUCGACUUAUAACCAUGCCCAUACGUACGCGCAGCACUCUGCCCGUGCGUUCGACGAUGAGCUGUACGCACGCGCAGACGCCGCCGAAGGUAGCGAGGCGCUUAAUGUUGGCAAGCUUCUCAAGGGCGUCCUGCACUUCCUCAAGCGUGAGGACCCGAUGGUUGCGCGUGCAUUCGAGGAUGAGCUGCUUGCGCGGGGUCAUGAAGGCUUUCACGUGGGGUAUGAGCCAACUGGUCUCCACUAUGCAGGACAUCACGCUCGCGCAUUCGAUGACGAGCUCCUUGCCCGUGCAAAUGCCGCAGAGGGCAGCGAGGCUAUCAAUUUCGGCAAGAUCGUCAAGGGUGUCUUCCACUUCUUCAAGCGCGAGGACCCCAUGCUCGCAUGUACCUUCCCCAAGGCCGAGCCCAUAAACUACGCAGAUAGGAACAUCAUACCCACGAACUAUCUGUUGAAAGUUGCGCGGGAGUUCGAGGACGAGCUGAUGGCUCGCGCCGAUGGUGCAGAGCCGAAGGCCACGGAAGGCAGCGAGGCGUUGAACCUCAAGUGGCUCAAAUAG